AUGAUUAUGAGCAACAAGAACUACCGCCAAGUUUUGAAGGAUAAGCUCUCAAAAUUGUUCAGGUAAAUACAUAAUCACACUAGAGCAUUACAUUUGAAAGUUAAUUCCAGACUAUCUCGGCUAACUGGAAAUCAGAUUGGAAGUGAAGUGGAGCCAAGUAUGAUGAGGACGUCUAAUCACUUAGUAGUAAUCGAUCCGGUUUCUUAA